CACUUUACCCAUACCCCCUCAUGUUGCAUGAUACCUGCAGGGUUAUAUGCGAGGUAAUAACAGGUGAGCCAUUCCAACAAACAAAGAUAUGUCAGACAUGCAGGAGACACUGCUGCUGGGAUCAGAGGGAAUUAAGAAAACAAUACUUCAUGGAGGAACAGGAGAAAUUCCAAAACUCAUCACUGGAGCAAAGGUGACUUUCCAUUUCCGCACCCAGCUGUGUGACGAUGAACGUACAGUGAUAGAUGACAGCAAAGUGGUGGGGACGCCCAUGGAGAUUGUGAUCGGCAACAUGUUUAAACUGGACAUUUGGGAGACCCUGUUGUCCUCCAUGAGGAUCGGCGAGGUGGCCGAGUUUUGGUGUGACACCAUUCACACUGGCGUUUAUCCACUUGUGGCCAAGAGUAUGCGACGCAUUGCAGAGGGCAAAGACCCCGUCGACUGGCACAUCCACACGUGUGGUAUGGCUAACAUGUUUGCCUACCACAGCCUUGGCUACGACGACCUGGAUGAGUUGAUGAAGGAACCCAAACCGCUCUUUUUUGUCCUGGAGCUGCUCAUGGUGCAGCAGCCCAGUGAGUACAACCGGGAGUCGUGGGCUCUGAGUGAUUCGGAGAGGCUGAAGGCGGUUCCUGUGCUGCAUGGCCAAGGGAACAAGUUCUACAAACAGGGACGUUACCAAGAGGCCACACAAAAGUACAAGGAGGCCAUCAUCUGCAUCAAAAAUGUUCAGACUAAGGAGAAAGCGUGGGAGGUUCCCUGGAUGAAGCUGGAGAAAAUGGCCAACACAUUAACCCUCAACUACUGCCAGUGUUUGUUACGCAUGGAGGAAUACUACGAGGUCAUCGAGCACACCAGUGACAUCAUCAAUCAGCACCCAGGCGCAGUGAAGGCCUUCUUCCUGCGAGGGAAGGCCCACGUGGAGGUUUGGAACGAGGCAGAGGCGCGGCAGGACUUCACCAGGGUGUUGGACCUGGACCCAGGCAUGAAGAAGGCUGUCAAGAAGGAGCUGGCUGUACUUAACAUGCGCAUGGAAGAGAAGAACCGUGAGGACAAGGACAAGUACAAGGGCAUGUUUUGACCAGUCUGAGAUAAUUCAGUGAAGAGGGCAGAGGCAGAUGGGGCUCUGUGGCACUAUGAGGGGGUCAGUGAAAGAUUCAUCCAAUAAAGUGAUUAUGAAAGGCCUGUAAUUGUACUUUUUACAAAUGUUUCAUGUAAUAUGAAAUAGUAAUUGAAUAAAGUUCUUACAUAUUCA